AUGGCCAGCUCAAGCACCCGGGAGUCUUCAUCCUCCGUGGAGCCCGCAUCGACCGUGGAGCCCUCGUCCUCCUUGGAGCCCAGAUCCUCCAUAGAACAGCUCAACAUAUCUUCAGUGGACCCUAAUUUUGCCAUCAAACUACCCCCAGUCCAAUGGAUCCCCUUCACGAUGCACCGCACUCAGCACCUGGGAGUCGAUAAGUACAUGUGGCAAGCAUGGAGAUACACCUGGAAAGCCAUCUUACUCGCCUCUGGAGUUCCGCACGACGGCAGUAUGAGCCCCGCGCGGUUUCUGCUAUCCAAGCACGAUGACCAUGCUCUCGCAGUUCUCGUCCGGACAACCAUUUCCACGUCCUCCCUCGAGGAACCUAAGAUCGUGGGCUGCAUUACUGCGAAGCCUAUCUUUGCUUGGUUCUGCAGCGCCUGGCCAGGCAAAGGGUCAAUCGAGAUCGUCUAUCCAUCCCAGCUAAGCAAAGGGGAGGCCGCCAAGUUCUCUGUCCGCGGAGAGCCCUUGGAAAUUAUCGAAUACGACAGCGAGUCAGAGAACUAG